AUGGUAGACUUCGAAAGUAAAUCUGGCUUUAUCAGAAGGCUACUUGGCCCUGAUAGCCUGACCUUGGAACGCCAAACAAAGGCAGUUAUAGAACUCGGGAAGUUCACGCUUAAUUCUACAGAUUCAACGCACGACAAAAUCUUUAAGGCCAACGAAUACAAGGCCAAAGCCGACAUAAGAUGUAAAGCCCUCGAGAAAACAGCAACCCGCGUCCGCGACAAAUUAGACGAAUGGAAAAAUCUAGUAAAAGAACUAAAUGACACCGACAACAACAAUGAGAAGAAGAUUUUCGACCAGUACGUGGAAAGGAAUAAAAUAUUGGAUAAAUUGCAACAAGCCGAAGUAGCACUCGGAGAAAUUGAAGAAGAAAUACAAUUGGCACCAUUGGCCAGAACCAGCAUGAGUACAACGUCUACAAAUGGAAACGCGACUCCACAAGCACCAACAAGAAUGGAAAUCAAACUACCUAGUAUUUGCUUCCCAUCGUUCGACGGACAAACACAAAAUUGGCCACAGUUCAUCUCACUUUUUAAAUCUACAAUUGGAAAUAACCAACAAAUCACAAAGGUCGAAAAGAUGUCUUACUUGAUUGGACAACUGAAAGGAGAUGCACUCAACUCGGUACGAGCAUUCUCAAUCACAGAUGAGAACUAUGAUACAGUAAUGACCAUAUUAGAAAAACGUUUCGGUAAUAACGACGUGAUAAUCCGUGACCUCAUCAAAAUACUCAACACGCUUCAACCUACCAACAAUUCUACUCAACAUGUGAAAGGCUAUGUAUUGGAAAUGGAUCAAUUGAGACAACAACUCAAGAACUUGGAACACGAAAUCGACUACGAACAGUUUGAAUUUUUAAUUAUGGAGAAGAUACCUAGAUUUUUAAAACUUCGUCUAAUGGAUUGGAAACGAAUGGAAACCGACUGGACCUAUGAUAUUCUAAUCGAAAGAGCAAUCGCCAUUCUUCAACAAGGAGAAGAGCUCAAACAAAAGGAAAUACAACACCGUACAACAACAUUCACGAUGAUCAACCAAACACCUACACAGUUUUCUUGCCUAUUUUGUGGACGAUUCAAUCACAAAAGCAGUCAAUGUUCAUCAUAUCCAACAGCCCAAGAAAGAAGGCGAAAGCUCGUAGAAGACAAGAAAUGUUUCAAAUGUCUUCAAGACUUCACUAAACUUCAUUCUUGUCACAGAACGUGUAAAAAAUGCUCUGGAGAACAUCAUUAUCUUCUGUGUCAAGGCUACAGUCCAUCUAAGUUUCCAGACAAACGCACAAGACACAACAACUGGUACAACAACCCAAGGAAUACAAACUUCACACCGAUACAAAAAACAAGAACGUUCCCCAUAGUUAAUGCAAGUGAAAAGUCAGAAGUCCAAACACCAUCAACAAAGGUAUCUUGUGCUUUAAACCAACAGGAAGUAAAAGGACCUACACUACCAGUUCUACCAGUCCAAGUACAAAACCCAGAAACGACUUAUAAAAUGGAGUUACAUGCCUUCCUAGACAGCGGUUCCGAGCUUACUUACAUCACAAAAAAGGCGGCCAAAGAUCUUCAACUAUCUAUCCUCAAUAUUAACAAGCCAUUAAUUAUCGAAGGAUUUGGAUCUUCAACAGUAAAAGAAUAUGUAGACGAAGUUGAAGCUGUCAUCAACGGUCAAAAACUCAAACUUAUGGCCAACGACACAAUCAUUGGAGAUAUCACAUAUGCUGAAAAACAAGAUGAUGGUAACUACAUUAAUAAGAGUGUAAAACCGCAGCUACUAAUCGGUUCGAACUACUUGUUCAGUUUACUAUCGACCUCUACAAUGAUCAACGACAAACUACAUUGUUUUGAAACUGAACUAGGCGAUAUCGUUAUGGAACAGCCAACAAAUGUGACCACAAACCCUGUAACAGUCAUGUCUACAAAGUCUAUAGAUGACUAUUUGGAAUCUCAAGUAAAAGACAUGUGGCAACUGGAAGGAGUUGGUAUCUCAGACGACAAAAAUGAAAGUUGGAACGAUGUCCUUAAACAACGAUUCAACGAUGAAAUUAUUUACAACCCUCAGACAAAGAGAUAUGGAGUCAAUUGGCUUUGGAAAGAAAAUAAAAACGAUAUAUCGACGAACUUUGGAUUGGCCUUCUAUCGACUCAAGUCUCUGAUGAAGAAGCUGGAUGGAGAACCAAUAAAGAAAAAGGCUUACUUGGAAGUACUAGAAGAUCAAGAACGCCAGGGAAUAAUAAGCAAGGUUACGGACAAAACCACAAACAACAUCGUAUCUUAUAUACCCCAUUCUGGAGUAUUCAGGCCAAACAAAAACACAACUAAGUGUAGAAUUGUUUUUGACUGCUCCGCUAAAGUACGAUCUGGAACUUCACUAAACGAUGCCAUGCACCAAGGACCUACUUUACUCCCGCAGUUGGUUGGAAUGCUUCUACGGUUUAGAAUUGGUCAAUACGUAACUAUAUCGGAUAUAAAACAGGCAUUCCUGAUGAUUGAACUACAAGAAUCAGAACGAGACUGCGUACGGGUCUUAACUCCAAAACAUUGGGACCAACCUCUAAGAAACGACAAUAUUCAAGUUUGGCGCUUCAACCGUGUUAUCUUUGGUAAUACGUCUUCGCCAUGCCUUCUAGCGCUUACCUUUCAACAUCACUUGUCAAAAUACCGAGAAGGCACAGAGCUUCUGAAGAAUACGUAUGUUGACAAUGUUAUGGAAACGGCCGAUGAUGAAGAUGCAUUGUUAAAACAGUGUCUACGUACCAAGCAAAUAUUCUCAGAAGCAUCUAUGGAACUUCGUGAAUACUACUCAAAUAGUCAGAAAGUACAGAAGACGUUCAACGACACAUCAGAAGACGUUACUAAAAUACUAGGCCAUAACUGGAGAUUAAACGAUGAUGAAAUGGAAAUUAAAUUGGUAAAAAUCAAUAACGAUGGUCCAAUAACAAAACGAACAGUCGCAUCUGCAUUGGGAAAACAAUAUGAUCCCCAAGGUAUACUAUCACCAGCAUUACUUCCUUGGAAACGGUUUGUGCAACGACUAUGGGAACAUAACCUAGAGUGGGACACUCCGCUGAGCGAAGGAUUACAAAAAGAAUGGAGAUCAUUGCAAAUUGAUGACAAUAGCAUUACAAUACCGCGAUUUGUAUCAUUGAAGACAACGCAACUGACUCUUGCCGUAUUUUGCGACGCCUCCAACUACGGAUAUGGUAUAGCAUGUUACCUGACUGGAGAAAAACUCAUGCCUAAUUUGAUUUUUGCAAAAGCCAAGUUAUUCCCUUCAUCAACCAAGAAACCAACACUUACGAUACCACGCAAAGAACUAACGGCAAUCGAACUAGCUGGACGAGUGGCAAAAUUUGUGUCAACCGAAAUCGACCAAAUUAAAGACAUCGUUAUUAUGUCCGACAGUCAAGUGGCGCUUCAACAACUUUUGAAAACAGAAGAUAAUUCGAUUUAUGUUCGCAACCGACUGAUGAAGAUCAAACAAUACCGAGAAACCAUGGAAUUCCGUUUUGUAACUGGAGAUCAGAAUCCUGCUGAUUUAAGCAGCCGUGGAACAACCCUAAGCCAGCUAAAAAACAGUGAUCUAUGGUGGCAUGGACCACAAUUUUUACAAUACCCUAAAGAACAUUGGCCAAAAGAUAUUGUUAUUAACAAAUUGCCAUCAUCAAAGCCAACGGAAUCAACGACACUUCAGAUAGCAACAACGAAGAUCGAACAACAUUUAGUCGAGCGUGACUUGCCAUGGCAAAAAAUGGUUACAACUGUUAAAACAAUCUUCAGAUUCAUCAAAAAAAUACGGCCAAACACCCCGCCAAUUCCAGUUACAUACCAAGAAGCAGCCAAAAGGAUCGUCCGCCUAGAACAAGAAAGCUAUCCACCCAGCGAGAAAAUAAUUCAAGGACGACGACUAGAGAAAGAUGCUGAAGGUGUCUGGAGAAUGGACACAAGGUUAAGCAAUUCCAAGCGUGAACAAGAUGCUAUCAAUCCUAUCUGGUUACCGACCGACAGUAAAGUAACGUGUAAAAUCAUACAAUUUUACCACGAGAUGAACCACCAUCAGAACGCCUUGUCAACUACUACCGACAUCAGAAAUCUUUUCUAUAUCUCUUAUCGAUUUGUCAAGACAAGUGUUAAAAAAUGUGUGAAGUGCAGAAUAUACAAUGCCAAGCCAUUCGACGUACCAAUCUUCCCGACCUUACCAUCAUCUCGCACUGUAAUUGGAAAGCCAUUUGACUUCUGUGGUUUGGAUGUCUGUGGACCGCUUACAACGACAGAUGGACCUGGCUAUAUCUUGUUGUUUACGUGCCUAAAAUGCCGAGGAGUCCACAUGGAGCUUUUAACUAGCACAAACACCACGGACGUUGUAAAUGGAAUUUUAAAAUUCUUUAGUAGAAGAGGUGUACCAAGCUAUCUACUCAGUGAUCAAGCUCCAUAUUUUGUAGCCGCACGGAAACUAAUUCUGGAAAGAUAUAAGGCAACUACGGAGAUUCAAUGGCGACACACAGUGGUAAACGCACCGUGGCGUGGAUCGACAUAUGAACGGCUCAAUCGAAACUUGAAGCAAGGCAUAAAAAGGACGUUGGGAAGAUCAAGACCAACUUUAAAAGAGUUGGAGACGUUAGUAAUCAUGAUCGAAUCAACGUUAAAUAAUCGUCCAAUUCUACCAUUAUACGACGAUGUAGACAACUUCGAAAUCCUCCGUCCCAUCAACCCCAUGCGACCAAAUGGUUGUAGCUACGAAGAAGGAAUUCAAACAUUUGCCAACGACGACCUUAAUGACCCAGAUUUCUUACUGAAAAACACAAAAAUUGAUGAUCUACGCAAAGAAAACAACCAGCUCAACCAAAGACUGGACAAAUUCUGGACAUUGUGGCAAAGAGAAUACCUGAACUCUCUGGCUGAUCGAAGUUCAAAUCAGCUUCAACCUCAACGAAUUCCCCUGGUCGGAGAAAUGGUUCUCAUUGAAGAACCAGAAACUCCAAGAGGAAAUUGGAAGCUGGCCCGCAUUAGAAAAGUCAUAAAAACUAAAGAUGGGACAGUUCGGGAUUGUGAACUAUUCACACCAGCACGAAAAGUCAUUAUUCGUGCAGUCAACGUUUUGUACCCAUUAGAGAUCGGUGGCACCAUCGACGAGGAAGAGUUGGAAUUUAAGACAAAACAAGAGAUCGUGGAAGAAGAAAAGAAGGCCAAAGCCUUACCCCCAAGACAAAGAAAGAAGAGAACAUCAAACAUCGACUACACUUCCAUGUUUAUGAUAGUGUGUCUAUUAUUCACUGCAGUACAAGCCCAACAACCAAUGAUCUGCCACGGAAAAGCCAGAACGCUUUGGAAGACACCAAAAAUAGCUACAUGUAACUAUGGAACUGGUACAAAAGGAAACGUUGGAGUACCUCGAAAUGUAGAGGUUUUUAAAAGGAAUACUAUAGAAUAUCACUUUCAAGGAUAUAUAUGCAGAUUGUUAAAAAGCACCGUCUCACAGUAUACUACUUUGAGUGGAAUUCCAGUGGUAAAAGAAGAACCGAACGAUCCAGAAGACAUGACAGAAGAACAGUGCAAACAGAUGAUCACAAAGCACAAGUGCGACUACGGAACGCUGUCAAGAAAGAAGUCAUUUUUGGCAACUACCAACGAGAUACCAAUUGAUCCUCCAAAUAGAUUUCAAUCCUUCUUAACGGGAGCUGACAAAUACAUCAAACGAAACUGUAUCCUGAUUGAUGUUAAAAUCUUCUCUCAUUACGGAUCUGAAAAGCUAGUACAGCAAGGGCCGACAUCUCAAACUGCAACUACAAUUCUGGAAAAUGCAGAACGGAUAAAAACGAGCUAG